UGGAAGGCAGUCUCUCUUCUUCUCGGUUCGCGAAUCUCGUCGUCAGAUCCCGACGAUUUCAAUCGGUUGAUCGAUGCCGAAUGGAAGACGGAGAAGAAUCAUCCCAAGUGCUAAGGCUUUCAAUAUAAAUAUUGGAGGCGACCUGGAAAACUGUAUCAGUGCUUUAGUUAGCUUUAGUUCAACUCAAUCGUUUCAUCUGCACCCGUGCAAGUUCACAACAACAUUAUGGUGUUUAAGAUGGUUGUACUGUUCGCCACUCUGGCUUGUGCCAGCGCUGGCUAUCUGGAAGCUGAUCACCACGCGGCUCACUACUCGCCAGCACCUGCUGUGAGCUACAGCUCCAUCACCCGUGAACACCACCCGGUAAAGGUUGCCAAGACUGUAUCCUACGCCGAACCUGCUGUUCACUACGCUGCUCCAGUGGCCAAGACUGUGACCUAUGCUGAACCCGCUGUACACUAUGCCGCUCCCGUCGCCAAGACCUUGACCUACGCUCAGCCAGCUGUGCACUACGCCGCUCCAGUUGCCACCAAGACCAUUGCCUACUCUCAGCCCCAAUACGUUCACGAGCCAGCUUACACCAAGACUGUUGUUGCUGAACCAACCUACGCCAAGACUCUUGCUUAUGCUCCAGCUACCUACGCCGCCCCAGCCGUCUUCAAGAACGUUGCCUACAGCGCUCCAGUUGCCAAGACCUACGUGUCUGAGCCAGUGUACUCCAAGACCCUGGUCGCUGAACCAGUCUACGCUAAGGCCUACGGUCCAGCUCCAGUCUACGCCAAGACCGUUGUGUCGGAACCCGUCUACAGCAAGACCAUUGUUCAGCAGCCAACCUACCUGAAGACCGUUGCCGCUCAGCCCGUGUACGCUCAUGCCGCUCCAGUUGUUGCUGCCACGACCAUCAGCUACGCCCCAGAAGCCUCCCAUGUUAGCUUCCAGGAUAACAGUGCUCACUAUGGUUGGUAAAUCUGGUGCAAAAGAGUUUUCAGAUCCUGGUGAUACUCAGGUAGAAAUAUAACAACGUGAUCAAUAU